UAUUAAAACUACAAUUACAUGAGAGCCAGAGAAACACGUACUACGGGUCUUUAGAUGGUUUGGACGUUCCUAAACAGCCCGACACGCCAACUGCAGAUAUUAUGUCACUGACAUUAUAAAACGGAUUACAAAAAGAUGCACUAUAAACGCCAGUAAAACAGCUACAACGGUAAACGUAAAUUGACAGUGCAUUGGCGCAACAAUGCAAUCAAAUAAGCUUGAUAAAACCCGAUCUUUUUUGUGUUUGCCUGAUGUUUAAACCAGCUAUAUACCUGGAAACGAUCCCCUCAGUACAGCAACAGAUCAGACGUCAUAAUGUAUAAUUUAAGAGCAUUCUUCAUGGAACCCAUCCAUCUUCUGACACUGGUUGGUAAUUUUGCAAUGCAACAUAUUAACGACUGAACUGCAGCCGUAGCGUCUCCAUAACGAAUAGGAGCUACAGUAAAAGCUUUGAUUGCGAGUAACUUUGUCUGCGAGUGUUUUGCAAGACGAGCAGAUUUUUAAAAUAAAUUUUAACUUGAUAAACGAGCGAGGUCUCGCAAUACGAGUACGUAAACGCUUCGUGUGCUGAGCGUCACGUGAUCUGAGCCGAUUGUUCUUCUCUCUCAACAAUUUAAUUUGUGUCCAAGUGUAGUGACUUUUCUUUAGUAACUGUACUGGAACAAUGGCCCCGAUGAAGAAAAAGGUCGAAAAGAAAGGCGGUAAGAAGAAGGAGAUGAUUACGGUGGAAGUUAAGAAGGAAAUCAUCGAGAAGCACGAACGACGCAUGCGAGUGGCCGACAUUGCAAGAUUUUAUAAUAAAUCUACGUCGACGAUUUGCACAAUAUUAAAGAAGAAAGAAGAAAUAAUGGGGCUAGAUGCAGCAAAAGGAGUCACGAGAGUAUCAAAGCAACGGCCACAUGUUCUGGAAGAUGUAGAAAAGUUGCUUCUUGUGUGGAUAAAUGAGAAGCAACUAGCAGGUGAUACUGUGACCGAGAACUUUAUCUGCGAGAAGGCAAAGACCUUGUACACAGACCUCGUAAGUAAACUGCCAGGUACGUCGACAGAAAACGAAGGCUUCAAGGCAAGCAGGGGAUGGUUUGAUAACUUUAAGAAGAGAAGUGGCAUCCGUAGUGUUGUGAGGCAUGGAGAUGCUGGGAUUUCGGACGCUAAGGCAGCUGAGGUGUUCGCUGACGAGUUCCAGAAGCUCAUGGUUUCUGAGUGUUACCUGCCGCAGCAAGUUUUUAACUGCGAUGAGAUGGGGCUUUUUUGGAAAAAGAUGCCAAAGAGGACCUACAUUACAGCAGAAGAGAAUGCAAUGCCCGGUCACAAGCCCAUGAAAGACCGUCUGACCCUCUUGCUGUGUGCUAAUGCAAGCGGGGAUUUCAAAGUCAAGCCUCUGCUCGUGUAUCAUUCCGAGAAUCCACGAGCUUUCAAGAAAUGCAGGGUGCAGAAGAGCCAGUUAAACGUUAUGUGGAGGUCCAACCGCAAGGCUUGGGUCACUCGUAUCUUGUUCGUUGAGUGGAUCAAUGAGGUCUUUGGUCCUGCAGUGAAGAAAUACCUUUUAGAAAAGAAUCUGCCUCUCAAAGUCUUGCUAGUUAUGGAUAAUGCUCCUGCUCAUUCUCCAGGCCUUGAGGAUGACUUACUGGAGGAAUUUGAGUUCAUUAAGGUCAAGUUCCUUCCUCCCAACACCACUUCACUACUCCAGCCCAUGGAUCAGCAGGUCAUUUCGAACUUUAAAAAGCUUUACACCAAAGCACUAUUUCAGCGAUGCUUCGAGGUGACUGAAGGAACAAACCUUACCCUUCGAGAGUUUUGGAAAAAUCAUUUCCACAUUGUGAACUGCCUCAAGAUCAUCGAUAAAGCCUGGGAUGGGGUCACCAAGAGAACCCUCAAUUCUGCUUGGAGAAAACUGUGGUCUGAUUGUGUUCUUGGACAUGGCUUUGAGGGGUUUGCUCAUGAACUGGAGCCGCCAGUUGUCGAUGAGAUUGUGUCUUUGGGGAAGACCUUGGGACUGGAGGUGAAUGAGGAAGAUAUUCAAGAGCUGGUGGAAGAACAUGGCCAGGAGCUGACCACCGACGAACUAAUCGAUCUGCGUCGGGAGCAACAGCAAGAGGUUAUGGAGGAGAUCUCGUCUGAGGAGGUGGAGAAAAAUACGGAGGAAUCCCUCACUUCAAAUGAGAUUAGGGAGAUGUGUAAAAUGUGGGAAAGAGUGCAAAAUUUUGUAGAAAAGCACCACCCAAAUAAGGCUGUAGCAGUGCGAGCGAUGAAUUUGUUUAAUGACAAUGCAAUGUCACAUUUUCACGAAAUCCUCAAAAGGAGGCAAAAGCAACAUUCAUUAGAUAGGUCCCUUAUUAAAGUUGCACAAAAAGAAAAGGAUUCCGUUAGUUAUACAAAUUAACCCCCCUCCGCUCCUCUCUCUCGUCUCCCUCACAGCAGCCAUGACAGAUUGACAGAUUUUCAAAGGAAAAUUUGCUUUGAUAUACGAGUGCUUUGGAUUACGAGCACGUUUCCGGAACGAAUUAUGCUUGCAAUGCGAGGUUUUACUGUUACUCGCAUAGUGUCAUCGUUCUGCAAGAAUGACUGCAGUAUCGUGAGAGGUCGGAGUGCCAGAGCGGUUCUGACUGACUGUCGGUCCGGUCCAGCCAGGCUCUCUGUUCAUUAGGUUUCACCGAAACAUCAGUUCAGCGUGUUUGACUGUUCAGGUCACGUGACGCGAUGCACACCGUCUUGCUAUUGGUAUAGCGUCUGAUAUUAUGAUAUUAUGUCUACCAAAGUGUGCAAGCUUAGUCAUUUCAAAACCUUUUCUAAAACCACCCCAGUAUUUGCAGUAG